CCGCGAUGUUCAGCUGGCUGGGUACCGACGACCGCCGGAGGAAGGACCCCGAGGUCUUCCAGACGGUGAGUGAGGGGCUCAAGAAGCUCUACAAGAGCAAGCUGCUGCCCCUGGAAGAGCAUUACCGCUUCCACGAGUUUCACUCGCCUGCCCUGGAGGAUGCCGAUUUCGACAACAAGCCCAUGGUCCUGCUGGUGGGCCAGUACUCCACCGGGAAGACCACCUUCAUCAGGUACCUGCUGGAACAGGAUUUCCCAGGCAUGAGGAUUGGGCCUGAGCCAACUACGGACUCCUUCAUUGCGGUGAUGCAGGGAGACAUGGAGGGGAUCAUCCCCGGGAAUGCACUGGUGGUGGAUCCUAAGAAACCCUUCCGGAAACUCAACGCCUUUGGCAACGCCUUCUUAAACAGGUUUGUGUGCGCCCAGCUGCCCAACCCCGUGCUGGAGAGCAUCAGCGUCAUUGACACACCAGGGAUCCUCUCUGGGGAGAAGCAGAGGAUCAGCCGAGGGUAUGACUUUGCAGCUGUCCUGGAGUGGUUUGCUGAGCGGGUGGACCGCAUCAUUCUCCUCUUCGAUGCCCACAAGCUGGACAUCUCUGAUGAGUUCUCAGAAGUCAUUAAGGCCCUCAAGAACCACGAGGACAAGAUGCGGGUGGUGCUGAACAAAGCUGACCAGAUCGAGACGCAGCAGCUGAUGCGCGUGUACGGGGCCCUCAUGUGGUCGUUGGGCAAGAUCGUGAACACCCCGGAGGUGAUCCGGGUCUACAUCGGCUCCUUCUGGUCCCACCCACUCCUCAUCCCUGACAACAGGAAGCUCUUUGAGGCUGAGGAGCAGGACCUAUUCAGGGACAUCCAGAGUCUACCCCGAAAUGCCGCCCUGCGCAAGCUCAACGACCUCAUCAAGAGAGCCAGGCUGGCCAAGGUCCACGCCUACAUCAUCAGCUCUCUGAAGAAGGAGAUGCCCUCGGUGUUCGGGAAGGACAACAGGAAGAAGGAGCUGGUGAAUAACCUGGCUGAGAUCUAUGGCCGCAUCGAGCGGGAGCACCAGAUCUCACCUGGGGACUUUCCCAACCUGAAGAGGAUGCAGGACCAGCUGCAGGCCCAGGACUUUAGCAAGUUCCAGCCACUGAAGAGCAAGCUGCUGGAGGUGGUGGAUGACAUGCUGGCCCAUGACAUUGCCCAGCUCAUGGUGCUGGUGCGUCAGGAGGAGAUACAGCAGCCCAUCCAGAUGGUGAAGGGUGGAGCGUUUGAGGGCACCCUGCAUGGCCCCUUCGGGCAUGGCUAUGGAGAGGGAGCCGGGGAGGGCAUUGAUGAUGCUGAGUGGGUCGUGGCCAGGGACAAGCCCAUGUACGACGAGAUCUUCUACACGCUGUCUCCAGUGGAUGGCAAGAUCACAGGCGCUAAUGCCAAGAAGGAGAUGGUGCGCUCCAAGCUGCCCAACAGUGUGCUGGGCAAGAUCUGGAAGCUGGCUGACAUUGACAAGGAUGGCAUGUUGGAUGAUGAGGAGUUCGCGCUGGCCAACCACCUCAUAAAAGUCAAGCUGGAGGGGCAUGAGCUGCCCAAUGAGCUGCCCGCCCACCUCCUGCCGCCAUCCAAAAGGAAAGUUGCUGAAUGAUGGGGACUAGGGACUCAGAAAGGCAGGUGUUAGAGGAGGGGACAGGAGAAGCGACCAUACAUGCACACACACAUGCACACAUGCAUACAUGCAGAUCUUGAGAACUACACUGUAGAUGAGAGGGGACAGCGAACCCCAUGCUUCCAGGCUGACCCUUGUUUGGAUACAUCCUCAAAUUCUGGGGAUUGGUAGAAGGACAGGAGUAGUCCCAUGUUCCAGGGUUCAAGAUUGUGUCUCCAAACUCUUUCCCUCCAUCUUCCACUCCCCAGAGACCUGAGGCCAUCCACCCACCCCAGGUUCCCCAGAGCCUCCACACCUAGGCUCUGAGCAUAUGGAAAAAGCUUUUCACUUAAUAGGCAACUCACUUUAAUUUCUGUGCUCCCCACCCCCUUGGCUUCCUAAUAGAAAUCUACUCAGGGGCUGGGAGGUGUGAGGGAAGGGGGAGCUGCAGGCAGGAGAGGUGAGGAAGGAAGCAUCCUCCAGGGCACCCGUGUCCCACACUUGAAGAGAUGUGGGCCCAUGAGUUCUGUUUUCCUGAUCUGUCUUCACCUGGCUUUGAACUCUGCAGGCACUGCAUUUUAAAGAAAGUCAGAGGCUGAAAGAAAAGAGAAAAAAAUCAUAGGAAAGAGCAAGGAAGCUAUCCUGUAGUCUUCUACUCAAAACCAGUCAAGGUGGUUUUAAUCCAUAGAUUGUGUGAGAUUCACAUUCUUUCCACCUGGCCUCUGAUGUUUGGAUGCUGUUACGUGACCAACAUUUAUCCAGUCCCUCCUAUGUGCCAGGAGCUGUGACAGGCACUUUAUGUACAUUAUUCUAGGUGGACCUCACUAAUGCCCCAGGGAAAUAUACAAAGUAUUCAUUCAUCCCCCCAUUUUGCACAGGAGGAGCCUGAGACUCAGAAGAGUUUAGGUGAGCUUCCCAAACUUACAGAGGUCACAUGAGACAGGAUUCAGAGCCAGGACCUCAGACCUCAGACUUCCCUGUGCUGUGCUGGGCUAGGUUCAGGGUCCCAACAUUGCUACUUGAUGACAAACCCUGGAGAAUGAGCCAAGCAUGGAGGCCCCUUCACAGUCUUCCAGAGCAAGCUGGCAAGGGAGGAGGCCUGGUUGGCAUUCGGUGGGCCAUCAGUCUGGCCAUCUGUCACAUCACAGAAGCAAACUGUGGCUUCUGGCAAUGCGUGCCAUGUUCCUAACAUCACAGAAGUUCAACAGCGCCAGCAGGAGAGUGGGCCAGCUUGCUGGAUGCUGCUUGUGCCUGUCCCUGCACAGUCUCCCACCAGGAGCCUGAAUUAUCCCAGCUCAGAUGCAGUCAUCAGCUCUCUCAUUAGACCUCAUGCUAAUUCACAGAAGGCUAACUUGAGCGGGCUGGGUUCUUGGUCCCUAUAGGGUCACCAGGGACUCUGCUGUGUCCUCGGCAAAUCCACACCACUCUCAAUGCCUCCUUGUCUCUCCCCUAGCUUGCUUUGUGGCCACUGAACCAAUCACUUUGUAUGCUGUGCUUCUAUGUGAUGGAAAACAAAACAAGUAUAACUUAUUUUAUAUCUAUGUUCAGACUAUAUAGAGAAUAUCCUGUGUAUCUAUGAUGUGCUUACUACUAUAGUGCAUAUGUCCUUAGUGUUCAUGUUAAUACAGCACAUUUAUCCUUUGGUACCCA